AUGUUGACUGCGGGCCGGUCAUUGACUUCCUGGAUAUACCCUGCCGCGAUCCUUUUGGCUCUCUGCCACAACGCGCUCUCCAAUGCGACCGCCCACCCACCCCCCAACGCGGCGCAGGCUGCUCUCCCCACGACAUCAGUGGGAACAUGUCCGGCGAAGAGUACCUGGCUGACGGAGGCGGAGCUCUUCCAUCUGCCGCCGUGUUUGGAGACGCGCUGGGGACCGGGUCGUGAUAUGUACCUUGCUUCGGCAUUACCCGAUCCAAGUGCGGCAGCCGACGAUCCGGUCGUUAAUUCAUCUGCUGUAUCGAGGCGGUCGUCCGAAGAGGCAGCGAGAACGAGGACAGAUCAAAAUACAGAACAAGACCAAGACACAGACUCGCUAUUGGACGGUGCUAGUUUCCUCUCAUUUGAGGACUGGAAGAAGCAGAACCUAGCGAAGGCCGGACAAUCAGCCGACAAUGUUGGAGGGAGCAGGCGUGCUGUGGCAGCUGGAAAGGAAGACCGUCGGCAGCCGACAGGAAUCAACAAUGCUUUGGAUUCGCUGGGCGACGACUCCGAGAUCGAGUUGGACUUUGGUGGGUUCGGCGCUGAGACGCCCGAGGCUAGUCCUACCGCUUGGGGCUCGCAUAUCCCGUCGCGCGAGGCCGGGCAGGCGGGGAACGCGGAUAGCAGAGGAAAUGUGGAUGUACACGUGCAGGGUGCGUUCCACAGAGAUGCGUCGCGCCGUAAGGAUGCUGGCACUACUUGCAAGGAGCGGUUCAACUAUGCUUCGUUUGACUGCGCGGCUACGGUGCUGAAGACGAACCCUGAGUGCAAGGGUUCGUCUUCUGUGCUCAUUGAGAAUAAGGAUAGCUAUAUGCUCAAUGAGUGCCGCGCUCAGAACAAAUUUCUUAUCCUGGAACUUUGCGAUGAUAUUCUGGUUGACACGGUUGUUCUUGCCAACUAUGAGUUCUUCAGCUCUAUCUUCCACACAUUCCGAGUUAGUGUCUCGGAUCGGUAUCCCGCGAAACCGGACCAGUGGAAAGAACUUGGUGUCUAUGAGGCACGCAACACUCGUGAGGUGCAAGCUUUCGCAGUAGAGAACUCGCUUAUUUGGGCUCGAUACCUUCGAGUUGAGUUCCUCACGCACUAUGGGCAUGAGUUCUUCUGCCCUGUCAGCUUAAUUCGGGUGCAUGGAACCACCAUGAUGGAAGAGUACAAGCAUGACGAGAGCUCUGACCGUGCUGAGGUUGAAGAGUUGGAGGCUAGUGAAGCCAAUCAGCUUCCCGAAGACCUGGAAACCAAGCCUGUCGAGGUGCCUGUCGAGAAACUCAUUCCUGCGGUGGAGGCCAGCCUUGCAGCGGAUGAGGUUUGUCCAAACCCUCUAUUAGAGGCUGUGCCACCUUUUUCGAAAUACAAUGACGGAGAUAUAUGCGGCAUUAAUUAUGGCCCGCCUGUUAUGACUCCGUCGACGUCAGCCACAACGGAUCAGACCAACCCACCGCCGAAACAGGACUCUACUGCUGUAAUUGGAGGCAGUCCCUCCGCGACCAAUGCUGGGCCAUCUGCACCCCCAAAAGCUGAGGAUGUCCGAAAGCAGGGUGAAGCUGCCAAAAACGUCGUGACCCCUCCGGAUGCCUCAAGCUUAUCUUUGGAGCCGGCUCAGCAGAAUGCCACAUCCGAGACUACAGGGAAAGCCACUACCAAUUCCAGAGAGGAGCAGAACAGCCCUCCCCCAGAGUCGACAAGACCUACAAACACUCAACCGCCAUCUGCGAACCCCACGACCCAAGAAUCUUUCUUCAAAUCCGUCCACAAGCGGCUCCAGAUGCUUGAGUCGAACUCAACCCUGUCCCUUCUCUAUAUUGAGGAACAGUCGCGCAUCUUGCGCGAUGCGUUUAACAAGGUUGAGAAGCGACAGCUAGCAAAGACAUCUACCUUCCUUGAAAACCUCAACGUGACUGUUCUCAACGAAUUGAAAGAAUUCCGCGAGCAGUACGACCACGUUUGGAAGUCUGUUGCUCUUGAAUUUGAGCAUCAGCGCAUGCAGUACCACCAAGAAGUCCACUCCCUCAGCGGCCAGCUCGGUGUCCUUGCCGACGAACUAGUUUUCCAAAAGAGAGUCACCGUGAUCCAGAGUAUCAUGGUUCUCUGCUGCUUUGCUCUGGCCCUGUUCUCACGGGGUUCGGGAAGCAACUAUAUGGAAUUCCCUGCCGUUCAAAGAAUGGUCGCUCGGUCCUACAGUCUGCGGUCUUCAUCUCCAAUUUUUGCCUCUCCAUCGGCUAGCCCGGGAUCGACACGCCCAACUUCGUCCUCAUACCAUGAGAACAGUAGCCAUCGCAGAAAUCUCUCUGACUCGUCCGACCAAGAUAGCGCUGCUAGUCCGACUGCGGCCUAUUCCCCGCCGACGCCUACGUCUUCAACGGAACGAGAUGUCGAAGAGACGGACAAAGCGGAAGAACCUAUCUCUCCCGAGUCUAUGUCUGUGCCUACUCUGGCGACACCACAACCCCGUUCUCAGAGUACGCCGCCUGUAUUGAAUGGCCGCCCUGUUGACCUGGAUAUGGCCACACCGGCUGAUGUCGACCUGGGUAUCGCUAAUCCACGGUCACCUGAGCUGUGA